CAGGUUCAGGGCGGGGCUGGUUGGUGAGUCAGCGGCUCCCUGCUCCAGCCCGCCUGGGGACAGAGCUUGACGAGCCGGGCGUCGGCGCGCUGGGCUGGUGGGGAGGCCGUGUCUAGAGCAAGUGGGUCUGAUUGGGCUUGUGUUGCGCUGAAGGAACAGCCCUAGGUCUGGGGGAGAGAAUUCCUGACUCUGAGACCCGCCUUCCUCGGCCCCAGCCCCUCCCAGUUCCCCCAGCGACAGCCACUUCCUGGUCCUCAACGCAACCAUGGCUGAAGAACAACCGCAGGUCGAAUUGUUCGUGAAGGCUGGCAGUGACGGGGCCAAGAUUGGGAACUGCCCCUUCUCCCAGAGACUGUUUAUGGUGCUCUGGCUCAAAGGAGUCACCUUCAACGUCACCACCGUUGACACCAAGAGGCGGACUGAGACAGUGCAGAAACUGUGCCCAGGAGGGCAGCUCCCAUUCCUGCUGUAUGGCACUGAAGUACACACAGACACCAACAAGAUUGAGGAAUUUCUGGAGGCAGUGCUGUGCCCUCCCAGGUACCCCAAGUUGGCAGCUCUGAACCCUGAGUCCAACACAGCUGGACUGGACAUAUUUGCCAAAUUUUCUGCCUACAUCAAGAAUUCAAACCCAGCACUCAAUGAUAAUCUGGAGAAGGGGCUCCUGAAAGCCCUGAAAGUUUUAGACAAUUACUUGACAUCCCCCCUCCCAAAAGAAGUGGAUGAAACCAGUGCUGAAGAUGAGGGCAUCUCUCAGAGGAAGUUUCUGGAUGGCAACGAGCUCACCCUGGCCGACUGCAACCUGUUGCCAAAACUCCACAUAGUACAGGUGGUGUGUAAGAAGUACCGGGGAUUCACCAUCCCUGAGGCAUUCCGGGGAGUGCAUCGAUACUUGAGGAAUGCCUAUUCUCGGGAAGAAUUCGCCUCCACCUGUCCAGAUGAUGAGGAGAUCGAGCUGGCCUGUGAGCAAGUGGCCAAGGCCCUCAAAUAAGCUCCUCCUGGAGCUCUCAGCCCCCUCCGUUUUCUCCACAGAGGCUCUGGGUAGUUUCCACAUUGCUACCCAAUGGACACACUCCAAAAUGGCCAGUGGGCAGGGAGCCCUGGCGCACUUGUGCAGGGCUGGGGUGGGGGGAGGGGAUGAGGGAAAGGGAUGGGGGCCUGGGUGAGAUUUUUAUUGUGGGGUGGGGUGGGUAGGACAACCUAUUUCAGUAAUAAAAUACAGAAUAAAAAUCUAGUGUUUUUAC